GAGAAGGUAAAGGGCGAUCGGGUACUGUGUACCUAGCGCAAAAUAGUAGAGUUUCCAAAGAGCAGUAAAAAAAAUGUUGUACAUGGAAGACAUGUGUCAGAGACAAUUAUAGAAGACAAUUAUAUCAGGACACUUGUUCGUGUCAAACCGCGGGGAUAGCUGUCAACAUGGCUAAGACACCUGUUAUCGCUGCCACGAUGGCAGUAGGUUUGAUGUUUCUGUUAGAGUUAGUGGGAUUAGCCACUCCCCACUGGAUGGACAUUAAAGGUUUGAAGCUACAUUUCGGCGUGUUCCAGAUAUGUCUGUCGAACGUAUGUUUCACCUUUAUCGGUUACCUGGGAUUUUCAAUACAUUAUCUCGGCUUCGCCGCAUGCCAGAGCAUUGGAGCCAUCAUAAUGCUUUUGACAACAAUUUCGGGCAUAGUUGGAGCUACAAAUGGGAGAAGACCAGAAAAGACCAUCAUAAAAAACCUAGCGGCCCUCUCCUUUGUAUCAGCCUUUUUCAUCCUGACGUCUGUGACCUGGUUUGCCUUGUCUUUCUACAAUAACAUCGGUGUCUUGUACAGCUUGUACACGUCCGAGCCUGUCACGUUGGGCUAUUCCUUCGUCCUGUCUACUGUAAGUGGCAUCGGUAUGCUUGUGAUAGCAAUUACAUGCUGUGUCAUCGCCCAAAAUAUGCCUGCACCUCCACUGGUCGCACAAGCCCCCCAGCCAGUUGGACAGCCAAUGAUCAUCAUGGCGACCACUAACCAACAGUUUAUGUAUCAGCACCCUAACGGCCAACAGCCAAUAACAGGUCAACCUCAAGGACAUUUUCAAGGGCAACAGCAACUCGUUUCUCAGCCACCUAAUAACGAACAAGGGAAUUUGGCAAUGCAGCCGACAUAUCUUCCAAAUCAGCCAGGGUACGGACACCCUGGCGCUCCACCUGGUGGUCAGCUAGGGAACAUCCCACCUCCAGUCUAUAGUGGCCAGCCAUCGGCUAGUGGAGACUACGGUCCACCGGCUCCAAACCCUGCCUUACCUGGAGGCAUGACCGAAAAACCGCCUUUGCAAUAAAAUAUCCUUCAGUUGAUUGUACAAAUGUAUGUAGAUCUAGGAAAGCUAAAUGAGAGUUGGUUUAAAGACAGACAAGUUUUACCAAUGGUAAGCAAAUUAAAGUCGAUAAAAAAACAAAGCAAUUGCUCGCCUAUACCUAGUUAACAUUGAAGGAUCUGCAUGUCCAGGUACGAUUGAGAUUUGUGAACUUUGUGUUUUGUUUUAAGAUUCGUUGUGCUGUGUUCACAAAAAAUUAUACUAUAUCGUGAAACCUAUACUUUAGUAUAUCCAUGGGUAAUUGGCGAACAGCAUUGGGCACAUAUCAGCUAGUUAGUGCUUGAAGUUGCCUGGCAAUUUAUGUUCGUAAGAAUAUCUUAAUAUGUUAUUAAUUAGUUCGUUAAUUUAUUUCACCAGCAGUUUUGCAUUAUAACCACCAGCAUUAAAACUAUGCCGUUUAUCUUUUUUAAUAGAUAUUUCUUGUUUUAUCUGUUUUGAGUACAACAUGAAUUCACAAAUCUUAAUAUGGUUGUGACACUAUCAAUUUGAAAAGACAUGCUCCUGCCUAGGUAGUUGUAUUUCAUAUCCAAUGAUUUGCUAAGGGGUGUGUAGACAGGGCGGGGUCAGUAGGACCUGUGUGUAGUGUAUAAUGCUGUCUCACUCAGCUAACACCGCAUGUUUCUUUGUGUCAGUUGGUAAGGCAGUGUAGAUCAUGGAUUCGAUUCCUGUCGGGGCACUUGACAGGAAUAUUUUCCCAGUUGAUUACUAAGUAUUACAGGUAUUGGUCAUUUUAAACGUGGUUUUGCUUGUAACGCCUAAAUAAGUCUCGAAGCUUUGUUUUAGCUCCAUGACACUAAAUUGUUGAACAGAUUUUUUCUCUUCGAAAUUACUAGGCCUCUGUAUCAGCCAGACAAAAAGACGUUAUAAAUAGUGACGUCAUUUUUUACGUUAUGGGCAUUUUAAGCCAAUGAAAAAGAUUGUUACAAGCAAGAUUAGAUCAUUUAAAUACAUAACAAAACGCUAUCUUAAAAGUUCAGUGUCAAAUGACUGGUCGACAGGUCUGAGAUGAUCAUAUGUUAACUUGACAUCUAUAAUAUCGAUUUGUGUCAUUUCAUUAACGGCUGCAAGAUUAAACUGUAUCAUCGACUCGAGUGGCUAUAUUAGUCCAGCUGUCCCUGCAGGUGCGAUUUAUUACUUAUCGGCUAUUUGGCACAGGUAAUUCUACACAAUAACAGGAUUUUAGCAAGUGCGUCAGGUUUCGUCUUUUGAUAAAAACGCCAUUGUUAUUUCCAUGAAAACAUCGAGGAACGUUUUGUUAUAUACAAUUCAUUUUGGUUUUCCUUCAAGUUGUUAUCAUUGUUGUUGACAAUAGUAUAUUAAAAUGAUGAUUUGUAUUGCUUUGAUGCCGUUGACAUAUUUUGUUUCGCUUUUAUUAAAUUUGUUUUAAUGCUUUGAAAAAAUUUGUUGUAUGAUAAAUAAAAUAACGCAAAAAUGGUCCUGA